CCUUGUUAUGUUACAACUUGCAAUACGUAUUUCAAAGUAGUUAUUUGCUGUGGAAAAGAAAAGAUGAUAUCCUUGAAUUGAAUUUUAAAUUAAAUUUUAGUAAACAUAAAAAAGGAAAACUAGCUGUGGCCUUUGGUUAAUUUUCAAUAAAUUUAUAUACGAAUCUAUGAAAUAUCUCAUUUGCUAAUUAGGGGUGAGUGAGUAGCGAAAGAUAUUUAAUGCGAUGUUUUUCGCAAAUAUGCAUAGUUUGUGACGAUUUGUCGUAUAAGAAGGAGGCAGUGAGGCUCGGCCUAAAGUACUAUGUCUAAACCAUUAUUAAAGCAAUGCCACGACCAGGAGAUUUCACCGUCAUUUCGCUUAGCUGCCAGUGGUGGAUGUAGCAGAGUGUGCAUAAGGGAUCACAAUUAUUGCAAUUCGUCAAAAAAGCCCUGGCUCAGUAGCAACAACGAUCCACUACAAGACUACAUACGGAGAACUCUAGCUGGAAAAGUAAUGUGCCGUUCGAAUGAAAGGAUGCCGAUUGUCUACAGCACGUUAUCUAAAGAAAAGAGUAAUCAGAUGACAAGAACACCACUGCAAAAAGAUACAAACGCGUAUAGUGAAAACAUUCCACGACGAUAUUUUAUAACAUCUGCACCAGUGAGGUCCAAUCCAAACACAUACCAUCCUUAUUUAGAGCAGAAGCGAGCUAAAUACGUCCUUAUUAACAGAAAUGGACUAAAAGCUGUUGUGAAAAAUCCUCAAUCAGACUCCUACCAAUUUAAUACUUAUGAAGAGCUAGCAAAUAAAAUUUGUACUUCAACAGACCGGUUAGAUUUUAUAGAACAAUACAUAAAAUUAAAUGCGAACCAAUACGGCUAUGUUGCACUAAAUGAUACGAUAUUGAAGGAAAUAGGAACUGCAAUAUCAGAAUGUUUAUCAAGAAAAAUCAACGUUAGUAAAGUAAUAUGUGAAACAUUAUAUGAACCAAUAUCACCUGCAGGAUGCAGUGAAGAAGAAGAUUGAAGUGCUAUAUAGACUUGCCAAUUUGAAGCUCUGAAUUAAAAAAAAAACAUAACAGUGAUCUCAAUAAAAUAGUUUACGU